CGCACCAACACAGCUCGAGAGUCCAGUCCCCAUUCUCUGGUCGCCGAUGAGCUCCAGCCACCUACACCUCUUCCCUGUCUCGCAAAGCAAUUCGCAACAACUCAAACUCGUCGAAAUCGCACCUCUCUCGACCAGUGCUGCGUCUUGUACUUUAUCUGUUUGACUCGCUGUCUUGGUCCCCUCCCGUCAGAUCGAGUAGUAGUAUUUUCAAUCUACAGCGUUACACCGCCAGUUUUGCGCACUUCCUGCUUCGGCCUACCUAUCCUUCCCCCGCCGUUCCGAACGAAAUGGCUCCCCCUCCUCCAGCAAGCUUGCCUCUGCCUCAGCGGCUGGCAGCCCUGGCUCAGACUCUGCAAUUUGCCUGGUUUGUUGGCCACUUUGUCUUGAUCGCCGCGACCGUCAAGUACUCGCUAUCAUGGAUCGCCAUGAAAGGAUACCGUUCUAACAUAUCCUACCGUUUCAUCUUCCUGUCGGCUGCGGUAACUUACGGCAUUGUUGUCUACAAGACUUUGCGCGCACGUGCCAAGCAACGAGCUCCCCAGAUCAGCCCUCUGGCGCUCGCUGCAGAUGAGAACGUUCAGUACUUGGUGCUGGCGCUUAUCUGGCUUUUCUCCCCGAGAUAUAUCCUGGCAACCCUGCCUUACGGGAUCUACUCCUUCUUCCAUGUGGCCACCUACAUGCGUGCGAACCUCAUCCCGGUCGUCUUCCCUCCCAAGCCUGCCGCUGCCGACUCGGUUGAUGGGAAGCCCGUGGCGCACCCGAUCGCCGACAUGAUCGGCCGUUUCGUCAAGGAAUACUAUGAUGCCUCGAUGUCCGUCGUGGCGUCCCUGGAGAUCCUCCUCUGGGGUUCUGUGUUCCUCUCGGCUCUCCUCUUCCAGCGGAGGUCGUGGAUCCUCCUGCCGCUGUACACGGCGUUCUUGCGCGCACGCUACUCCCAGAGCAUUCAUGUGCAGAACUCGUUCGCCAAGCUCGAGGCGAACGUCGAGAACCUGCUCGGAAACCAGGGAACACCCCCUGCUGCGCGCCAGGCCUGGCAGGCAAUCAAGAACGGCGGAAGGCAGUUCUACCUCGCUACCGACAUCAACCGUUACAUUGGUGGCGCAGCUGCUCCCCCCAAGAAGACUUCGUAAACAAGUCUGUCAGGGUUGGGCUUAAUGGCCAUUGAGACGAAUGGGAAAUCGGGACAACAGCAACAUGCUGUCAAUACCUCUAUCCUGCGGGGAGCAGGAUAUGUCGCGCUUUGCGCAUUCGGAUUAAUGGUCAAGGACUGGGUUCCCACGGUGAUCCAACAAGUCUCUGUGGUAGACUUUGACCUGGAGUACAGAUGCGAUUACAUGAAAAUGACAUGGGAUGGGGGGGCCUCGGUAGGCCACGGAAUGAAGGAGCUUGACCGAAUGACAUUUUGCCAUUCGUUGGCCUGGGAGGAAGGGUGCACGGAUGAUGGGCUGGCUUGAUGACUGUGGUUUUUACUUGAAAUAUGGACUAUGGACUGCCUAUUGCUUUUAUCUGUCUUUGUAUGGAGUUUGUGCAUACGACUGGUUAUGAUUCAGGGUUGGUGUCACUUGCGACGGACAGUUUCCAUCUUUUCUUACACUUUUCCCCUCACUCUUUGCAGUCUUUCAGUAUUGCUUAGAUGAAGUAUAUGGUUUUUUUCUGCUG